UGUCGAGUCCUCAGGGUUCGGCGUUGACCCUCCAAGACCUCCUCGCGAUGGGUUCGAGUAGGUCUGGUUCCCACAGGGUUACUGGGCAGAGCGCCAGCUUAUGAUUUCACGAAAGAGCUAUUCAAGUAAGGGUUUCUUCAAAUGGAUAAAUCGCUCGACAAAAUCUGCCAGUGAAUCUGACGUCCGAGACAUGUCACUUGGUUCUCCUUUGACAUCGAUAUCAGCGCCACCCAACUUCCAAGGCUUUGAACCACCACAGCCAAGGCCGCCUUCCAGUCCCUUUGUAUCCGAGUCGGCGCACGUCUUUUCACUACAGCAUCCCAGCGUCAUUCGCUUCUCAGAUCAGAUUCAAGACUUCAGCUCAAUCUCCCCAAGCUUGGAUAGGGAAAGUGUGGACUCGAUUUCCCCAAUGAAUAAUUUGCUGCCACCACGAACAACAGACACUCCGCCUUCUACAUCAUCUAGCUCUGGGAGUCUCUACGGAAAGGCAAAGAAGAGUAUCGGGUCCAAGCUGAAAUUCAAAAUUCGUAGAGAGGCGACGCCAUACUCAGCAAUGCCCGAACACGAACACCACUGUUCAACGAUAGACGGUACUAGGAACUACACCAGCAUGCAUCAAAUCACAAAAACAGGGUCCUGGUUCAAGGAUGAUGUAUCAAGAACCAAGUUGCGCCGAAGGUUUUUUGGACGACCACCAUGGGGCCGCAAGGAGUCAGCCGAUUCAUACAGCAGCGUGACUAGCUCUGUAAGAGAGAUACUCAAAGGUGAGACUUCUCCCCCAUCUCUAGGUUCAAGCUCCACAUCUUUACGAGUCAACUGUGUCGAUAGUCCAUAUCCAGGAGGGGAAGCAAGACGCAUCAAGACACCUCCGCUUACUGAAGGCACUGCGAAUGGUCGGCCACGUUCGUUCUUUACUGAGACAGUUGCUCCUGCAGACGUGGAAGAAGUGGACAUCCAAACCUCCUCUUCAAGGAGGCACUCUCUGCAGACAGUCUAUCACAAAAGUUAUGCUCCUGACACUACCGAGUGGUGGGAAAGAAUCCCCAAACAGCCCGUUCGAAAGAACCCUUUCCAGGGUCCGGCCACUUUUGAAUUCGAACUCCAGGAACACCUGCCAAGCAGUCCAAUUUGCCCGGCUAACGAGAAACAUGUCGGUGGCGGGAAGGGUGUAUGCGUUUACCAUGGGCGCAGAAAAGGAGCAUCAAAGAUUAAGGGAUGA